CUUCCUGCUUUCUUCCCAAAUUUUCUAACCCAUGUUUCAUCCAAGACCUUCUUUUGAAUCUUUAGAAUAUGGGCUUCAAAACCAGAAGUUGAAUAAGGCAUCAUGUUCCGCGGUGCUGAGUUUGGCUUAUCAGAGUCUUGGAGUCGUAUAUGGGGAUCUAAGUACCUCCCCACUCUAUGUUUAUAAGACCACGUUCUCGGGGAAGCUUAGUCUUCACGAAGAUGAUGAAGAAAUCUACGGUGUGCUUUCAUUCAUCUUUUGGACUUUCACUCUAAUCGCCCUCCUUAAAUACGUCUUCAUUGUCUUGUCGGCCGAUGACAAUGGCGAAGGUGGUUCCUUUGCAUUGUAUUCAUUACUCUGCCGGCAUGCAAAACUUAGUAUGCUUCCAAAUCAACAAGAGACCGAUGAGAAACUAUCGGCAUAUGGUGUUGAAAGAACAGCAGAAACCUGGCAAAGCUUUGCUUCUAAGUCUUUCUUUGAGAAACACACGAAAUUUCGAAAAGGGCUCUUGAUCUUUGUUCUUCUUGGAACCUGUAUGACGAUCGGUGAUGGCGUAUUCACUCCUGCAAUAUCGGUUCUUUCAGCAGUUUCAGGCGUUAGAAUUAAAGCUACAGGUCUUCAUGAAAAUUAUGUAGUUGCGAUCUCGUGUGUUCUUUUAGUUGGGCUUUUCUCGAUUCAACAUCAUGGGACACACCGAGUUGCUUUCUUGUUUGCUCCAAUCGUCACAGCGUGGCUGCUAUCGAUUGCUGGCAUUGGAAUAUAUAACAUUAUUCAAUGGAACCCGCAAAUAUUUCAUGCUCUUUCUCCUAUCUACAUGGUGAAAUUACUGAAAAGGACUCGUCGUGAAGGCUGGCUAUCGUUAGGAGGAGUCGUUCUUUCAAUCACAGGCGUGGAGACGAUGUUUGCUGAUUUAGGCCAUUUUUCAACGUUAUCCGUUAAGAUAGCGUUCACGUUUCUUGUGUAUCCUUGCUUGGUUCUUGCGUAUUUGGGCGAGGCUGCAUUUCUAUCAAGGCAUCACGAAGAUAUCCAACGAAGCUUCUAUAAAGCAAUACCUGCAGAAGCUGUAUUCUGGCCGGUGUUCAUAGUGGCUACAUUUGCAGCCGUGGUAGGAAGUCAGGCUGCGAUUUCCGCCACCUUCUCGAUCAUAAGUCAAUGUUGCGCGUUGAACUGUUUCCCUCACGUUAAAAUCGUUCAUACGUCAAGAAAAAUAUAUGGGCAGGUCUAUAUUCCGGAGGUGAAUUGGAUGUUGUUGAGCCUGUGUUUAGCUGUGACAAUUGGAUUACGAGACACAAACAUGAUCGGCCACGCUUAUGGGCUGGCGGUGACUACGGUGAUGUUCGUGACAACGUGUUUGAUGACGAUGGUGAUGAUAAUCGUGUGGAAGCAACAGAUCAUAACUGCCGCUGCGUUUCUCGUCGUUUUCGGGUCGAUCGAGCUCCUUUAUCUCUCUGCCGCCUUCUUUAAAGUUCCGGAAGGUGGCUGGAUCCCGCUGCUCCUAUCGUUGGCCUUCAUGUCUGUAAUGUACGUAUGGAAUUACGGCAAGUUAAAGAAACACGAGUUCGACUUAGAAAACAAGGUCUCAAUGAACCGAAUACUGUCGUUAGGUCCAAGCCUUGGGAUGGUCCGUGUGCCCGGAAUCGGGCUCGUUUACACGAAUCUGGUGAUGGGAAUCCCGGCAAUCUUCGGUCAUUUUGUCACCAAUUUACCGGCUUUCCAUCAAGUUCUCGUGUUCGUUUGCGUAAAAUCCGUUCAAGUCCCGUAUGUCGGAGCCGAGGAGCGGAUGCUUGUCGGUCGGGUUGGGCCACAGGAGUUUCAUAUGUUUCGGUGCAUCGUUAGGUACGGUUACAAAGACGUCCAUCACGAAAACUACAACUUCGAGAACCGAUUAGUCGCGGCACUUGUGGAGUACGUCGAAAAAGAAAGAAAAAUGAAAGACGAAUUUGGAGACACUGAAAGCGAUAAUCUCGACGACGAUGUGUCGCCAGAACUCACGUUUACGCUUCCAGAUCACGAAGAGAAGAUGGUUCGGUCGUUCAAAGAGAUCGAGGAGUCAUUUGCAGGGUAUUUAGAAACUCACUCGAGUCUUAAGGACGAAUCCAUUCAAAUACUCAAAGCUCGGGAAGCGGGGAUCGCGUACAUUCUCGGCCAUUCGUACGCAAGGGCGAAGAAAUCUUCCUCGAUAUUUGCGAAAUUAGCGAUCGAUGUUGUUUACUCGUUUUUGAGCAGGAAUUGCAGGGGAACCGAUGUAGUUCUCAAUGUGCCGCAUACUUCGCUGCUUGAAGUCGGUAUGAUUUACUACGUUUGAUCGUAAAAUGAGUCGGGAUUCGAGAAUCGAAGACGGUAGAGAUACGUAGAUUUAUACGUAUAUUGUAUACGAAUACGCAUGGGUUUUGAGCAUUAGCGGAUAAUUAGGUUUAGUGUAAAUGUUACGAU